GCGCUCCUCGUCUUUCCUCCGAGUCGCAUUUUCCGCUCGUCCUUGUAGCCGGUCGCUCGUCGCAUGUGUCGUCGCCGCGUGUGCUGCAAGACCUCGCGACGUGCAACAGCAGGGCACCAGCGAUCACGCCGGUAGCAUUUCUCGUCGUCAUUUCGAUCGCAGUGCCUUCCACUUGGCCCGCUUCUCUCUUUUUCUUACGCGCAUUCCAAUAAAGUCCUGACGUGGCUGACGUCACCGAUGCUCUCGUGAUUCCUUUCACGGAUUCUCAAGGAAGUGGCCGUCACUCCGAGCGUCACGCUCACUCCACGCAUUCUUCUGCGUUCCAAGGCACGUCGCUCGAGCGGAAGAAAGAUACCCACGCCAACAAUUGGUGAACGUGUUUGAACGUAAAUGUCACGGACGGCGCAGCCGUUGUUCCGACGCGAUCUGUACGAACGUGCGAUCAUUUUGCUAGUUACGGAAUGAGAGAGAAGAAACUGGGCCUGGCAAGUGAAUAGAAAGACCCAUUGUGAAACAGAAAAACGAGAGAGAGAGACAGAAAAUUCACAAUUGGACUCGCGAAGGGGUGAGCGGCUUGAUCGCGAAAUCGUCGUCGUCGUAGUAAUUGUGUGCGUUAUCGUUAUAGCGAAAGUACGGGUUCUUUGUUCGUGCGGGAAGUUACCUCCGACGAGCGGACACGCGUGUCUUACACGCGACGCGAUCUCCCAUUGUUGUCGAACAAUUGGAACCUCGCGAGGGAGAGCAGCACGUUCCAAGUACGACGACCUUCUCCCGCGGGUGUGAUAACCGCAGAAAUCUUCCGCGAUUUAAUCGGCGGAUUUGAUAUCCCCGCGGUCGCCUCCGUUCCGCGCAUGGAACUCGCCGAGGUGGUGUUAUGGUCGAACGGUUACGCGAGCAGGAAUCGCUGUUGAACGUGCCGGUGGUGGUAGUGGUGCUGGUGGUGGCUGGGACUGUCGCAUCGAGUUCGCAUUGACGGAAACCUGCGAUCGGAAUCGGGAAGAUGGGUUCGAAGAUCGAGUACGUUGAGUCCUCGCACAUGUACGCGACCAAUUACAUCCGCAACUCCAAGGCGAUCGGUGUGCUGUGGGGUAUAUUCACCAUAUGCUACGCCAUCAUCGGCGUCGUCGCGUUCGUCACCCCGGAAUGGCUCGGCGACCUGGAGCACGAGAAUCCCGGGAGAUUCGGUCUGUGGACCAGGUGCAGCUACGGCGGUAAUGGUGAGCUAGGCGAGGAGUGCAUCGGCCGAUUGGACGACCUGUCGACCAUCGCCAACGUUCCCUUCCGAGCCAGCACGAUUCUAGUCGGCAUCGCGGUGAUAAUCGCGCUACUAGCGAUCUGUGCGAUGCUCAUGUUCUUCUUCUGCCAGAGCACCACCGUGUUCUACAUGUGCGCCUGGAUGCAAGUGGUGUCAGCGAUUUGCAUGGCAAUCGGUGUAUGCAUCUAUCCUCUCGGCUGGGACUCGCCGGUGAUACGCGCCGUAUGUGGCGCAGCUGCAUCCAGAUACAAUCCCGGUGCCUGCGCUGUGAGAUGGGCGAUACCGCUCGCUGCAAUUGCGGCUCUGGAUGCAGCUACCUUGUCUGCUCUUGCCUUCAUUUUGGCAUCUAGACACGUAAGGCUACAACCGGAACCUUUCAACAAUGGAUCCUUGUACAAAGGUGAGGUAAAUCCAGGCUACGUGAACGAAGCUCAAAGCGUGGCUGGUUCCCGUAAGUCUCUAUCCCUGCGACCGGUCCUCCUGGUGGCUCCGCCUGAACAGGAUCGCUACAGUGAACUCUCCAGAGCGAAGUCGCACUCGCAUCAUAGUCUCUACACAGCGGCGCCGUCACAUCCGGUGCACACCAUGUCCACGAAUACUCUCAAUCAUUCGCAGCAUAACUUUCAGCUCUAGGACAGCUCACCGUUGCGAGUACGGAGGAUCAAACGGGCCUGUAUAUAACCGUGAGGAGGAGUUAUGUUGUACAUAAGAAAUGAAACAGCGGAGCGUGAAACUUUGAUGGAACUCGCGCAAUUUAAGCGCAAUUGCUUAGGUCGUCGCUUUCGCGAUGUUAAGUUUCUAAGAAUGGAAUCUCUGUUCACUUCACUGAUAAAAGUGUGUAUAAAACAGAUGCGGACUGGCAGCUGUUUCAUUCAACGACUGAAUGUUAUUAUUGCGUGCCUUGAACAUUUCCACACGUAGAUGUGUGGUAUAUUUAGUAUAUCUUAUCGAUACGUGCCGAAAAGAUCUGUCUUCCUUAGACUAUUUUUACAUCAUAUAUAUGCAAUUAUUACGAGCAAUUAUUACAAAGAUAAUAAAGAUCACAAAAAUAUUAAAUGCAAAAUUAAAUUAUGUUAGUUUAUGAAACGAUGCCUUUCGUUAAAAAGAAAUGGAAUACUUUCUAUUUAUUUCUCUCUUUUUUUAAAUUCUACUUUAAGAAUUUAUGCUCGUGUUUAUAAUGUUUAUAUUAAUAUACAAUACAUUUAUUUAAUUAGAGAGAUUAACCGAGAAAGUUUGUAGUUUUGAAUAUUGUAUACUAAGUAUUAGGUUUUAAACAUGUGGAAUGUAAGUUAAAUGGUAAUUCGAAAGAAAAUUACACUAGAAAUUUUAUAGACACUAUAAUCCGUGCCGUAUUAUCGGGGCGAAACAUAUGUUAUUCACAUAAUAUAAUUAUUUAAGUUUCUAAGUACUCAUUGAUGUGCCUUUACGAUGUAGUGACGAGAAUAAUAAUUACGAAUUAAAUUUUUAUCACGAAGCUA